GUUUUUAUGUACCGUUUCAUAUUGUAUUAGAAACUAUGAGAUUUUAAUAUUGGGAGAUGUGGGUUUAUUAUCAAAUCUAUAUACUUCUUUUUUAUUAUAGUUUAUGUACUCUUUCUUAUGUUUGAUUUUGAAGGUAUAAUUGGUAGAAUUGUGGUUUUAAAGUAUAAAUUGAUAUUUGUAAAAACAAUAAACAGAACGGCGUCGUUUGAAACCCCCAUGGGCGGAAAUAUCGUAAAUCCACUGACUAUCCGCCAUUUUCAUAUCUUCGUUCCUUUUGUAUUUUUUCUCGAAGCUUCGUCAGUUCAUCGUUUUGGUACAUAACUACAACACACCAGCUCUCUCCCAUUCUCAAUUUCAGCUAUGGAAGAUGAUUUCGACUUCGGCGACAAGGUUCCGCCGGCCGUCAACCGCAUGGGGAAUGUGAUUAGAGAUGGAGAAGCAAGAGGAUUCAACCCAGGACUGAUUGUGCUGCUUGUAGUUGGUGGGUUGCUAUUUGCAUUUCUUGUUGGGAACUAUGCUCUCUACAUGUAUGCGCAGAAAACACUCCCCCCAAAAAAGAAGAAACCAGUUUCCAAAAAGAAGAUGAAGAGGGAGAGAUUGAAGCAAGGUGUCUCUGCACCUGGAGAGUAGAAGUGUAGUGGUAGACUUCUCUUAUGUUUUGUAUGCCUGUCCUUGAUUUGGUUGAACUAACAAGUUCUACCAAAUGAAUUUCAAUGUUUGAAGAGUUGUUUUGCCUAUGUUGUUAAGUUGGUUAGAAUCUGAACAUAUUAAGUAGAAGUUUAUUGUCGCUUUGUAUCCUUAGAGAUGAGAAAUAAUAACAACAUAGUUUAUGUGGUAUAUUUUGAUCAAA